AUGGCCCUGGGAAUGAGCAUUACCGAUGCGCAGUUCCUGACGCUUCCGUCCUGGUCGCACUUCGGAGCUGUUCGCCCGCCUCCAGGACUGGAGCACAUGGAGGUCCAGAGCCUGCAGCUCCAGCUUCUCAAAGCUUUGGAGGAGGUGAGUGCCCAUCAACCCCAGAAGUUCACUCAGAAGUGUGGCUUUUGGUCGGAGGAGUUCGGCUUGCACCCGGACAGCAUGGAAUGGCUCUCCUCCACGAAGAUGAUGAUCCGCAACGUCCCUGCACGCUGCACAGAGCUGGAACUUCGCGUUUAUCUCAGCACCAAAACGACCGACGACUUCGUUCUGGAGAUGCCCAAGACAAGCCCAGCAAAGUGCAAGGGCUACGCUUUUGUGCAGAUGGAUGACUCAGUCGCCCUUGCUGCCUUGGCAAAAGCCUUGUGGCAGCAGUCUGUUCCCACCAGGAAGAGUGCUCGCCCAUUCAAGAUCCACCCCGCGGAGUCUGCAGAGAAGCUUCCUGUGAGCCUGGAGCCCUGUAGCUUUGUCGUCUAG